AUGAGCCAAGCUAAAUUAAUAUAAUAUGGAGACGAGUCCUCUUCUUAAGAAGAGAAUUACUAAUAAAACGGUGAUGAAGUAUAAACAGCUGAUGAAAUUGAUGAUGGUCAUGGUGGAGCACCUGCAAAUACAGCUUCUAUAUUUAGCGCUUCUCUAAAUAUGUUCAAAAGUUUAGUUGGAAUAGGAAUUCUUGCUUUGCCAACUGCUUUUAGCCAAAGUGGAUAUAUCGCUGGUGUUAUACUACUACCUAUAUGUGCAGCAGGUAUGCUUUAUCUUAGUCAUGAGCUUAUGAAUGUAGCAUUAAAAAAGAAUACAAAUGCAAAAAAUUUAGUUCAAUUUACAAAGGAGACUUGUCCUAAUAAAAUACACUCAAUUAUGGUAAACAUUUGCUUGAUGAUUUUCUAAACAGGAGCAUGCAUCUCUUAUGUAAUUUUCUUCAUCACUUAUAUCUAAAAGACUAUGUGUAACUUGAAUGAUGGUAAUUUUGCUUGCUCUUCAAAGUUAGUAGCUGUUUUAAUAUCAUUGUCUAUACUUGUGCCUGUAAUGAUGAUUUAAAAUAUGAGUAAACUCAAAUUUGGUAGUAUGGUAGGCAAUAUUGUUGUAUUGAUUUCUCUUACAACUGUCUUAAUUUAUUGCUUCAUUUACUUAGGCUAAGAUGGAUUAGGAGAUAUUCAGCCUUUUAAUGUAUCUAAGAUGGGUGGCUCUAUCGGUGUAUUUAUUUUUUCUUUUGAAGGAGUUGGAGUUUACUUCAAUGUCAGAAAUUCCAUGAAACAACCAACUAAAUUUAACUCUGUACUUAACUAUUCUAUAUCUGUGGCAAUUGCUCUCUACAUCUUAAUUGGGUUGAUGGGUUAUUUAACUUUUGGGUCUGGAGUGAAUGAUAUUAUCUUGUUUAGUUUCCCUGAUGACAAUAUCCCUAUGCAGAUUGUUCAAUUUAUUUAUUGCAUUUCUUUAAUUUUGACCUAUCCAGUUUAAAUAUUUCCAUGCGUAAAUGUCUUGGAAAUAAAACUAAGGAAAAAAUUGUAUUCAAAAAAGAGUGUUAAACAAAUAAAGUAAGAAGGAGAAGAAAAUGAAAAUGUUGAUUUAAAUUAAGUAAAUCCAGAUACAUCAUAUAAUGGAAUGAGCAGCAGUAAUGAAAAUGAUAAUUAAUCAUUAUAGGAAUAAGAUAAAACUAAAACUAAAUUAAGAAGAAAGUAUUUAAUUGGCUCUGUCUUAAUUAGAUUAUCAUUUAUCACAAUUACAUAUUUAGUUGGAAUUCUUUUUGAUAACAUAUCUGAUUUCCUAUCUCUCACUGGUGACGUUUGUGGUAUUUAUUUAUGUUAUUUAAUUCCAGCCUUCAUAAUUUAUAGCUAAGAAAAAAAUUACCCUCUUUAUAAGAAGAUUAUUAAUUUAUCGAUAGUGAUCAUUGCCAUAGGAUUUGGUAUUUAUGGUUUGUAUUGCACAGGAAUUAAAAUUAAUGAGGAUUUCUUUUGA